UGCAGGCACAGCAGAAUGUUUAAAAAGCUCACCAAAUUCAUUGUAAAACAAAUGGAUCCAUGUGAAGAAUUGGUACCUGUUGAGAGCAUUGCAGACAAUGAGCAUUUCAGGCCUCUCUAUCUACUGAUAAAAAAGAGGAAGCCAAAAACCAUAUUCCAUCCAGCGCCUUACUACCAGCGGACAGGGUUCACACUGCAUGAUGUGUUGCUGCCUGGAGAAGAUGAUGAAAGCAUAGAGCCCCUCCUUCAAGAUUCCAGCCAAUUUCCUCUCACAAAAAACAGCAAAGACCAAGCUGAUGGAUGUCUCAGCAUUUCAUUUGACCCUGCAAGUGCAGAUCUGCAAGGAGGUGCCUCCUUCUCCAAGGAGAUUUCCAUUACGCCACAGAAGAAGAGCAUUUCACUGGAAUCACUGGAGGCACUGAGAAGAGAAAGAGAAAUCAACAUGGAUCAUUCCUUCAUUCGACAACUCCAGAGAACAGACAUCAAUCUAUACGUGGUCACUGAAACCCUCGAAGCCUCAGAGGAGACUGUCUACAAGGAAGCCGCCAAGGCAGACGGGGGCUUCAAGGCCAAAUUUUAUGCCACAUUCUUUGCAAAGAGCACCAGUGAGGACAAACAAACCAUAGUCAUACCCAAGGGCUGCACCCUGGCCUUCAGAACCAUCCCUCUACACAUUGGAGAUGAAGCAUGGGAUGUGGAAUAUUUCCCACUAAAUGCUGUGAGAAAUGCAGCCGACGUAACUAUUGAUCCCACACAAGGAAAAUUUGGAGUAGUGAUGAGUGAAGUUCAAUACUCCUGCCGAAUUUUCCCUGAAUUGUCUCCUGACCACCUGCUCAUUGUCUUCAACACCAUCAAGGCUGUCAUGAGAGACAAGAACCUCCUUCAAGAGCUCAGACAGAAAAUGGAAGAUAUUCCUGAGCAAAAUGACGGUUAUGAGUUUAAAACUGAGAACACAGACUUAAAAGACCUGUUCAGCACCUUAGAGCAUUUGGAAAGAGACCGUCUCCUUCAGCUGGCAGAAGGAAUCACCUACAUCCUUGAUGCUUUGCAUGAGCUAAUGGACGAUCAGCUGCUGCUGUUGCUGGAAUCCUUGGAGAGGAAGAUUCUAUCCCAACAGCUGAACCUGGUUGAACACCUCCUUAAACAUGACCUGGAGGAUAAGAUGUGUAAUUUCCAUGUGGAUGCCACGCUGCUCUCCUUCCCACACGAGGAGGACCAGACGUUAACCAUGGAACUGGUGGAGAUGAGUGGAGUGCAGCUCCAGGAAGAUGGAUCAGCUGUUUCUUUGGAUCAACCCUUCGAGGCCGUGGCAGCCCUGUUUGUGGCCCUGUAUGCCCUCAACCUCCUCAGUGGCUCCAAAAAGAGAAAAUUCAAAACCAUAUUCCACCCCGCUCCUUACUACCAGCGGACAGGGUUCACACUGCAGGAUGUGCUGCUGCCUGGAGAAGAUGGUGAAAGCAUAGAGCCCCUGCUUCAAGAUUCCAGACAAAUUCCUCUCACAAAAAUCAGUGCAAACCAAACUCAAGGAGAUCUCAGCAUUUCAUUUGACCCUGCAAGUGUAGAUGUGCAUGGAGAUGCCUCCUUGUCUGAGGAAUUUUCUGUCAAGCCACAGAAGAAGAGCAUUUCACAGCAGUCACUGGAGGCACUGAGAAGAGAAAGAAAAAUCAACAUGGAUCAUUCCUUCAUCCAACAACAACAGAGAACAGACAUCAAUCUGAGUGUGGUCACUGAAAUCCUCAAAGCCUCAGAGGAGACUGUCCACAAGGAAGCCACCAAGGCAGAUAGGGGUCUCAUGGCCAAAUUUCAUGCCACACUCUCUGGAAAGGGCACCAGUGAGGACAAACAAACCAUAGUCAUACCCAAGGGCUGCACCCUGGCAUUCAGAACCAUCCCUCUACACAUUAGAGAUGGAGCAUGGGAUCUGGAAUAUUUCCCAGUAGAAGCUCUGAGAAGAGCAGCAUACGUAGCUGAUGGUCCCACACAAGGAAAAUUAGGAGUAGUGAUGAGUGAAGUUCAAUACUCCUGCCGAAAUUUCUCUGAAUUGUCUCCUGAACUCCUGCUCAUUGUCUUCAACACCAUCAAAGCUGUCAUGAGAGACAAGAACCUCCUUCAAGAGCUCAGACAGAAAAUGGAAGAUAUUCCUGAGCAAAAUGAUGGGUAUGAGCUGAAAACUGAGAGUCUAGAUUUAAAAGACCUGUUCAGCAUCUUACAGCACUGUCCAAUAGACUGUCUCCUUCUGAUUGCAGAAGGAAUCACCUACAUCCUUGAUGCUUUGCAUGAAUUAAAGGAUGAACAGCUGCUGCUGUUGCUGGAAUCCUCGGAGAGGAAGAUUCUGUCCCAACAGCUGGAACUGAUUUUCCUUUUUUUUUUUGUUGCUGUGAAGGUUGAAAACCUCCUGAAACAUGACCUGGAGGAUAAGAUGUGUCAUUUCCAUGUGGAUGCCACGCUGCUCUCCUUCCCACACGAGGAGGAUCAGAUGUUAACCAUGGAACUGGUGGAGCUGAGUGGAGUGCAGCUCCACGAAGAUGGAUCAGCUCUUUCUUUGGAUCAACCCUUCGAGGCCGUGGCAGCCCUGUUUGUGGCCCUGUAUGCCCUCAACCUCCUCAGUGGCUCCAAAAAGAGAAAAUUCAAAACCGUAUUCCACCCCGCUCCUUACUACCAGCGGACAGGGUUCACACUGCAUGAUGUGCUGCUGCCUGAAGAAGAUGGUAAAAGCAUAGAGCCCCUGCUUCAAGAUUCCAGACAAAUUCCUCUCACAAAAACCAGUGCAAACCAAACUCAAGGAGAUCUCAGCAUUUCAUUUGACCCUGCAAGUGUAGAUGUGCAUGGAGGUGCCUCCUUGUCUGAAGAAUUUUCUGUCAAGCCACAGAAGAAGAGCAUUUCACAGCAGUCACUGGAGGCACUGAGAAGAGAAAGAAAAAUCAACAUGGAUCAUUCCUUCAUCCAACAACAACAGAGAACAGACAGCAAUCUGAGCGUGGUCACUGAAAUCCUCGAAGCCUCAGAGGAGACUGUCUACAAGGAAGCCACCAAGGCAGAUAGGGGUCUCAUGGCCAAAUUUCAUGCCACACUCUCUGGAAAGGGCACCAGAGAGGACAAACAAACCAUAGUCAUACCCAAGGGCUGCACCCUGGCCUUCAGGGCCAUCCCUCUACACAUUAGAGAUGGAGCAUGGGAUCUGGAAUAUUUCCCAGUAGAAGCUCUGAGAAGAGCAGCAUACGUAGCUGAUGGUCCCACACAAGGAAAAUUAGGAGUAGUGAUGAGUGAAGUUCAAUACUCCUGCCGAAAUUUCUCUGAAUUGUCUCCUGACCGCCUGCUCAUUGUCUUCAACACCAUCAAGGCUGUCAUGAGAGACAAGAACCUCCUUCAAGAGCUCAGACAGAAAAUGGAAGAUAUUCCUGAGCAAAAUGAUGGGUAUGAGCUGAAAACUGAGAGCCCAGACUUAAAAGAUCUGUUCAGCACCUUACAGCAUUCUCCAAGAGACUGUCUCCUUCUGAUUGCAGAAGGAAUCACCUACAUCCUUGAUGCUUUGCAUGAAUUAAAGGAUGAACAGCUGCUGCUGUUGCUGGAAUCCUUGGAGAGGAAGAUUCUGUCCCAACAGCUGGAACUGGUUGAAAACCUACUGAAACAUGACCUGGAGGAUAAGAGGUGUCAUUUCCAUGUGGAUGCCAGGCUGCUCUCCUUCCAACACAAGGAGGAUCAGACGUUAACCAUGGAACUGGUGGAGAUGAGUGGAGUGCAGCUCCAUGAAGAUGGAUCAGCUGUUUCUUUGGAUCAACCCUUUGUGGCCAUGGUAGCCCUGUUUGUGGCCCUGUAUGCCCUCAACCUCCUGAGUGGCUCCAAGUAGGACACACACAGGCCUUGUCCCGAGAAAGUCUCGGUAAAGCAUCACGAAAUCCAUGCUAAACAACCACGUUUCUCUUAGAAUAUCAUCCUUCUUAAUUCUC